UACUGCGCUUAGCAUAUUUUUGUUAACAUUUUCAAUAAAGACGCUUGUACAUUUAUACUUUAUUUGUAUUGUUCACAUUCUGUCGGUCGGUACAUGCUGUCGGAUUAUUGAAGUGACAUUUUGUGGUACAUGCAUUUAAUUUGUCACUGUCAGCGAGUUUUGAAUGACUGUUCUGCAAUUUGCAUGAAAAAAAAUGUACAAAAGAAGUAUAAAUAAAUAUGACAGUUGAUAAGCAUUCUUUUAGAACGGUCACAGUGGCGAAACUUUAUAACACUAUCAAAACAAAUGUCAGUUGAAAUGACACCAAACGAUGACCAUGAACUGACACCAUAACAAUACAGUAUCAAACUGACAGUGACAAUAAACAAUCAACUUUUUUUUUAUGAUGUGGUGUUCCUGGUCCUGGGAUGCAUGAUAAAGAAACUUCCAAAUGUUGACUAAGAUCCAGUAGAAAUUUGCCUUAAUCUGUUGCCAUGGCAACCAGAGGAAAGCAAGCAAUGGACGACCUGAAUCUGAGCCUCACAGGGGCAGGCAUACAGUCGGCAGCCUCUACAAGUCGCAGUCGACCAGGCACGGCAAAACAACCAAAGCGACCCAAUUCUGUCUCAGACUUCCCAGUUGAGUCAAAACCGGGGUCAGGAAGAAAGAAAACUGCAUCAGGCAGUGCAGUGUCUACGCAUCGCAGUGAGUUUUCAGACAUUUCUUCUGUGAGCACCAGUAAGAAAGGGGCUGCUGCCAGGGGACAGAAAAGCCCAGGUGACGACUUCCUGGCCCUGUUUGAGAACAGCAGCCAGCCAAAGAUUAAGGGAGCCACCGUGGGGUCAAAAAAGCCAGCCCCUAAUGCUGUGAAAUUGCCCUGGGAGGAUCCCGCUGGGAAACAGCCUCUAAAAAACAAGUUCACCCCCAAAUCUGUGAAUUCCAAGCCACCAAAGCAAACAACAGGUGCCCUGGCAAAUGCAGAUCUGUUUGACGACGAAGAAGAAUGGGUGACCAAUGAAUCCAACACACACUCAAUCUUCCAACAGAAAAGUGCCAGAAGCAGUUCCGAUGAAGAAGUGUUCAAUUAUAAAGACGGUUUAGCGCAGCAGUUCACAAACACUCGCAACUUCCAGCCUCCCAAACAGGAGAGUGAAAGAGAGAGAGAUAAAUCUGAGAGAGGAGUGGGAAUGUCUCCUCGUUUGUCAGAUAGCAAGUCUAGGACACCAAGCCAGAGUGCAAUAGCAAAUAACAUGACCUUACAGGGAAUGUCAAAGGGUGUGAAAGUUGGUUUAUCCGAUCUAGAGAAUUCCUAUCAAAACAUUAAGCAUAAAACGCCCAUAAACCAAACUAGGAAGUCACAGUCUAAGAAUGGAGGAAAGACAGUUGGUGCUAAUACACUUGUUGAAGAUCAUAUAAAAAGGGUGAAUUUUGCUGCAACAAAGAUCCAGCGGUGGUUUCGGCGGCAUAACACUCGUCAAAAAGCUGGUCAGGCUGCUAUUCAACGGCUGCUUCAGUCGAAAAAGGAUAUGUUUGAAGAGCAACGAUUGCGUGAGUCCGAACGCAAUUUCUUUGCGAAAGAUAUGGAAGAAAGACGCGCAGAUGAAAAGAAGAGGGUCAGAGAGGAGAAAGCAAAAGUAGCAAGACAACAGGCCAUAAAAGAGUUGCAGAGGAAAAGGGAUGAAAAAAGAGAAGAAGUGAAGAAAAAGGCAGAGGAAGAAAUAGCUUUCCUUACUACCAGCGGAAAGAUAACAAAGAAAACUGGACUUGGGAAGAAGAAAGGUCCAAGCAAGCCACAGUCUCGUAAGGGCAAAACUGAGGAGGACGCCAACAUCAACACACAUGACGGCAGCUCACCGGAGAGAGAUAACCAGCCCAGCAAUAGAAAUAUCGACGAUAGCAUGGAUGAAUAUUAUCAGAGUCAACUGGAAGCUGCUGAUGCCGAUGGUGACGCAGACGGUGGUAACCGAGACAACGAUGCCAGGAGCAAUGUCGCCCCUAGCGACAGUGUUGCCAAGACGACGCUAGACGACUUGUUUGAGACCCUCAAGAAACUGGAGGAGGAGGAGCAGUUGGCAACAGCCAGACCUGAGAAAAAGAACGCUUGGUUGGAGGAGAUAGAGAAAGUCCUUGAGAGUGACGCCUCUGGAGACAACCACAGUCUGAAUGCUGAGAACCUUCGCCAGUUUAACACUGGUAAGGCUGAUCUGCCCACCAAAGCCAGCCUGCUGUCAGAUGACAAGAUGAAGAGCAUCAUGGCCUUCCUUGACGAGGUGCAGGUCUCUGAGAGGCUCAGCACUGUCGAUCAGGAGAUCUCAAAGCUGAACGCCGAGUUGGAGAUGCCUCGUAUUGGCCCGAGUGCUGACGAGCUGGCAGAGUUGGAGCACGCCAACCAGGCCGCCUCCGAGGUCACCAACACGGUCAUCAGUCAGAGGCUUGAGCUAGAUGAGAAGAAACGAACAGUCUCCAUGCUGCAGAAAGCUCUAAACCAGCAGCGAGAGUUGACUGUGAGGCACGCGCGUGAAACCGACAAGGAGAUGAAACGCAGACUGGACCUGCAGAAAGACGAAUAUGAAGAGACCAUCAAGAGGCAUCUCUCUUUCAUUGAUCAGCUGAUUGACGACAAGAAGACGCUUAGUGAGAAGUGUGAGACCCUCGUGAAGGAGUUGAAACAGGUCGACAGAAAGUACCAGGACAAACUGAAGGCCGUCACAGAGAGUCACAGCAUUGAGAUGCAGAAGUUAAAGGACAUGCAUGAGGCUGCAGAGAAAAUACGCCGUGAGAAGUGGAUUGAAGACAAGACAAAGAAAAUUAAGGAGAUGACCGUGAAGGGCUUGGAGCCGGAGAUCCAGCGUCUGAUUGCGAAGCACAAGUCAGAGCUUAAGAAGAUCAAGCAGAUCCACGAGGCAGAACUGCUCGAGUCCGAUGAGCGCGCAGCCCAGAAGUACGUGCGCAUGACUGAGGAGCUGCGUGACCAGCUCGCGUCUGAGAAGGAAUCAGCCUGCGCCAGGGAGCGCGAACUUGCCAAACAGAGAUAUGAGAAGCAGGUGCAGCAGGAGGAGGAGGCGUACCAGGCACAGCGGCGCAGGCUACUGACGGAGAUCCAGGAGGAGAAGGACCGCAUCGCUGUGCAGGCGGCACGACAACGCGCCGACAUCGACAAGCUGCAGGCCCAGCUCCAGGACAAGCACUCGUACGCCAUGGACGCCAUGAAAUUGGAGUUCGACAAGGCGAGGGAGGAGCAGGAGAACAGGCAUAAGGCCGAGAUAGCGGACAUGAAGGAGCGUAUGUCCAUCGAGAAGUCGACAUGGGAGGAGAACUACCGCAAGAAGCAGGAGGCGUGGCUGAUGCAGCGGGAGAGGGAGCUCAAGGAGGGCGUCAAGAAGGACCGCAACAAGGAGAUAGAGCUGGUCAUCAGGCAGCUGGAGGAGGACGCCACUGCUGCACGGGAGGACUGUGAGCGGGUGGCAGAGAAUAGGAUCAAGAGAAUUCGUGAGAAGUAUGAGUCUGAAAUGAAGGAAGUUGAACUGAAUGAAAAACAUGCCAUGGAAAAAUACAAUGAAAUGAAGGCUCGCUUAACGGAAGUGGAAGGGGAAAAUGAAUGCAUCAAAGUGUUACAGAAACAAAAAGAUCAAGAAAUAAAGGAAUUGCAAAAGCUCACAGACAAGAUGCACAAGGAGAGGGACCGUGUGUCGGACAUCAUUCGUCAGGAGUUUGCAGACAGGCUAGUGUUCACUGACGAGGAGAACAAGCGCAUCAAGAACGAGAUGUCUGAACUGAAGGCGCGUCAGAGGAUCGAACUGGAGAAGGCCAAGGAGGAAAUAGAGGAAAUCAAGAAGUCAAAGGACGCGGAGAUGGAGGAAGUUCAUAAGAGAGUGAAGCAGGCAAUCGUGAAGAAGGAGGAGGUGGUCGCCCAAAUGAAGCAGCAGUACCAGGCCGCCCAGAAACGGGCCGACCACCUCGAGGGACUGCUGGCACAACAGAGGAAACAGCUGCUCGGGAAAUAACACUGUGUGACCUGAUUAUUUGGAAAUAUAACAGAACAUUGUUUGUUGGGAAAUAUCACUGAAUAUCUGGCAUGGCAGAGGAAACAGCUGAUAGGGAAAUGACAGGAAGUAACACUGCAUAUCUGGCAUGGCAGAUGAAACAGUAGUUUGGAAAUAAAGAGCUGAUAAACAGCUAAUGGUAAAACUAACAGCUGCCGGGACAGAUAAACAGCUGAUUGGGCAAUAACACUUGGGAAAUAACACUGAACAUCUAACACUGUAGAGGAAACAGCUGCUGGGGAAAUAAAUAAUGCUAUUUUUAUGUCCCCCACUAUAGAAGUGGGGGACAUAUUGUUUUUGCCCUGUCUGUUGGUUGGUCUGUUGGUCUGUUGGUUGGCUGGUUGGUUGGUUUGCGCCAACUUUAACAUUUGCAAUAACUUUUGCAAUAUUGAAGAUAGCAACUUGAUAUUUGGCAUGCAUAUGUAUCUCAUGGAGCUGCACGUUUUGAGUGGUGAAAGGUCAAGGUCAUCCUUCAAGGUCAAAGGUCAAAUAUAUGGGUCAAAAUCGCUCAUUUAAUGUACACUUUUGCAGUAUUUCAAUAUUCAAGAUAGCAACUUGAUAUUUGGCAUGCAUGUGUAUCUCAUGGAGCUGCACAGUUUUAGUGGUGAAAGGUCAAGGUCAAGGUCAUCCUUCAAGGUCAGAGGUCAAAAUUAUGUGGACAAAAUCGCUCAUUUCAUGAGUACUUUUGCAAUAUUGAAGAUAGCAACUUGAUAUUUGGCAUGCAUGUGUAUCUCAUGGAGCUGCACAUUUUGAGUGGUGAAAGGUCAAGGUCAAGGUCAUCCUUCAAGGUCAGAGGUCAAAUAUAUGUGGCCCAAAAUCGCUUAUUUUAUGAAUACUUUUGCAAUAUGGAAGAUAGCAACUUAAUAUUUGGCAUGCAUGUGUAUCUCAUGGAGCUGCACAUUUUGAGUGGUGAAAGGUUAAGGUCAAGGUCAUCCUUCAAGGUCAAAUAUAUGGGUCAAAAUUGCUCAUGUAAUGUCACUUCUGCAAUAUUGAAGAUAGCAACUUAAUAUUUGAAAUGCAUGUGUAUCUCAUGGAGCUGCACAUUUUGAGUGGUGAAGGGUCAAGAUCAAGGUCAUCCUUCAAGGUCAAACGUGAUAUAGGGGGACAUUGUGUUUCUCAAACACAUCUUGUUUUGGGAAAUGAAAUUGUCUGCUUUGCUCCCCUUGAAAUAAAUAAGUGCAUUAUUUGUUGUGAAAUUACACUGUCUUAUUGACACCACUUGAAAUAAAUAAGAAGACAUUUGGAUGGGAAAUAACACUGUUUGAUUGGCAGCUCUUGAAAUAAAUAAGAAGACCGUUUGUUGGGAAAUAACAUUUUCUGAUCGGCACCUCUGGAGCUAAGACCAUUGUUGGGAAUUAACCCAGAACA